AUGUCGACGGACUCAACCCAGUCCUCGACGACCUCUCCUCCCAUCGGCGCGACCUCCCCUGCUUCUGGCGGCGCGACUAGCGGCGCCAUCUUCAUCAACCCCUACGCCUUCGUCUCCGUCAAAGCCCACGUGCCGAUCACCCUCGAGUUGAAGAACCCUAACUUCACCAGGUGGUCCGCCUACUUCCGCGACAUGUGCGGGAAAUUUGGUCUUCUGCGGCACCUCGACGGCCCCUCCCUUGUUGCUGGUCAGCCCAUCGAUCCCGCCUGGGAAGAGGCGGAUUGCUGCAUCCGCAGCUGGAUCUACGGAUCCGUCGCGGAGGCCGUCCUCGACAUGACCAUCGACGGCACCACCAAGACGGCCCGCGCGCUGUGGACCGCCAUCGUCGCUCUGUUCCAGGCGAACAAGGCACCACGGGCCAUCUUCCUGAGUCACGAAUUCCAUUCGUUGACUCAGGGGGACUCCACAAUCGACGACUACUGCCAUCGCGUGAAGACCGCCGCCGACAAGCUGCACGACGUCGACCAGCCCGUCUCCGAGUCGACCCUUGUCUUCAAUCUGCUCCGCGGAUUGAACAAGGAAUUCUCCAACACCGCCGACAACAUCGCCGCCAACAACCUCUCCUUCUCCUACGCUCGCGACCAGCUCCUCCUCAAGGAACUGCGCCUCGCGAACGAGAUCAAGGUUGCGGCGGCCACGGCACUGGUCGCUAGCUCUGCUCCCUCCUGUGGCGCCUCCGGUUGCCGCUCCUCCUCCUCCUCGAGUGGCGGACAGCAGCAGCAGCUACAGCGCCCACGCAACAACAGGAAGGGCGGCAAGAAAUCCGGCGGCGGCUACGGCGGCGGCGGCGGCGGCGGUUCCGGCGGCAACAACUACUACGGCGGCGGUGGCGGCCAGCAGCAGAGCGGCCCAGCACCCCCGCCCACGCCUUGGGUCUGCAUGUCCCCGAGCAGGCAAUUCUGGACCAUCUCCCCCGGCGGUAACACUGGAGGCGGACACCCUUGGCGCUCCCAGCAAGGCAUCCUGGGCUCGGCUCCUCCGCAGCAGGCCCACACCGCCUUCGCCCCGCUGCACGUCUCGCCUCCGCCACAGCACAACCCGUCGCCAACUCCCUCUUGGGAUCAGGCCGGGCUGAUCACCGCCCUCCAGUAG